AUUUAUUUAUUAUUGUGGGUUGUUAUACUUAAGCUCAGUCCACACUAGGGGCAAAGUUGCUCAUCUUUGCUGGAACAGCUCCGAUUCAAUGUUGCGCGUCCAUUUGGGGGCUGCCCCGCAACAAGUCAAGUCUACACUACAAAGGCAGUUCCCUACAAAAUGUCUCAGUAGUUAGGCCUCGCGGGUGUUAUUCUGUCAUUGUUAUUAUUAAUUCAAAAUAUAAAUGAUAGUAAUCAAAGGAGAUGGUGGGUCCGCGUAAAUUGUUUAGUAACAACAAUGAUGUUACGCCGCAAUCUUUCGGACACAUUAGGGAUAUAAGAGGGAAUGGGAUUUGUCAACUUUUUACGAUUACAACUAAUGAUUUUGCAAACGGUUGCGCCGAAGGGGUUUAACGAAAACUCAAAAUUUAGAAACCCCAUUUCCCCUACCGUGAAACUGGCAACCAGACUCACUCCGGCUGCCCCCGGAACACGCGUCUACACUUGCAAUGUUGCACAACAUUAUAUCACUGAAUCCCGUUUCACGUAGACCCGCAAUACACUUCACAUACAUGGGGACAUGUGCUGAAUCUCCUUUGAAUCAGGAGUGUUGAGAUUGUAGACUAAGCUUAAGGCUAAUUACAAAUGAAAACUGCAAAAAGCAGAGACCACAUUGUCAUGUUAUAAUACUAAGUUUUUUCGGUAUCAAAUGUUGGCUGUGAAAUAAAACACGUGUUAAUCUAAUAAGCUAUUUAAUUAAUGCAAAUUUUGAAAAUGUUGUUUGUAGGAUUCGGCCAAAUUUAAAAUAUGGGUAGAUGUUUUAUCAUUUUCCUUUUGUUCCCUGCUAUGUCGUGGACAGGGAAUAACGAUACUAUAAAAGUAAUCGGAGGACGUGAAGCUUAUGAGGGCGAAUUUCCAUAUGUCGUCUGCGUAGUGGGUGAUAACAGAUGUGGCGGAACGUUGGUAACCCUGGACAGGUUUAUAACGGCCGGUCAUUGUUUCCAUUACAAAGGGGAUGCAAUUGAUCUGUCUAAUGUCCUGGUGUUGGCAGGAUCGAUAGACAUCCAGUUGAAUAAAGAAGGGUACCAAUCGAGAAAGGUGGCCAUGUAUUUGAUGCACCACGAGUAUCACUUCAAAGAAGAUACGACGAGCUUUCACGACAUAGCUUUGGCACAGGUUGACAACUCGUUCGUACCUUCCGAUACGUUGAAGCCCAUAAAUCUCUUCUCGAAAGAACCCCGUAAAUUUAAAAAGGGCUGGGACGACUUGGUGAGCAAAGGUUCCCUCUGUCGGUCUAUGGGUUGGGGCCUGAAAAGAGUGGAGAUCGGCCCACAUGAAGUAGUACUAUCGAAUGUGCUGCGUACGUUCGAAUUCACACCGUGGCCGAAUAAGAAAUGCCGUGAACUGUCGAAAUUGGGAGAGGACAUGACCGAACACGGCGAAAUCUGCGCUGCUACUACAGUAAAAGGGGAGAUGUUGGGCACUGGCGAUUCGGGUUGUCCUUUGAUCUGUGAAGGACUAGCCUUCGGAAUAAACAUCGCCAGAGCUACUCUCAACGAAUCGAACAACGUAGAACGUUUUAUCCUUUUCUGGCCAUACGUAAAUUACUUCGAGCUGCCUCUCCUCUAAUAAUCAAUAUCAAUCAAUUCGUUAAAGAUAAAACUGUAAAUUUGAAACAAACUGUUUUUUUUAUUUUU